AUGGCUUUCACUACAGGCAAAUUCAUCACACUCCUUUGCUUACUCAACUCUUCCGUAUCACAAGCUCUCAGCUGGUCUGCCGACUAUGUGGAUUGGAAUCUUAAUCAGAAUGAAAGCGCAAAUGGUCCGCUUGAUUACUGGGGUGAAUGGAAGGAGCAUCCGAAGACACCUUCUCCUUCCAACUGGAGAAUGCCCUUCUACAUGUUAACGCUGGAUCGUUACGUGGAUGGACAACCUACGAACAACGAUGCUAAUGGCACAGUCUUUGAGCAUGAUGACUGGAGUACAAACCAGUUCCGAUUCGGCGGAGAUGCUAUAGGCUUGAUGAACAACCUGGACUGGAUCCAAGAUCUCGGCAUCAAGGCCAUCUACUUCUCGGGCUCGCCUUUCAUCAACCAGCCUUGGGCUUCCGAUGGCUUUGGGCCACUCGACUUCACAUUGCUCGACGCACAUCAUGGAACGAUCACCGAAUGGCGCCAACUGAUCGAAGAGCUGCACCGUCGAGGCAUGUACGCAAUCAUGGAAAACACAAUCGGAACCAUGGGAGAUUUGCUGGCAUUUGAAGGACACGAGAAUGUAACAACUCCUUUCAACGCACAUGAAUACGAUACUCUUUGGAAGAGCAGCCGAAGAUACCUCGACUUCGAGGUCAACAAUGAAGUACUUGAAGACUGUCAAUACCCAGUCUUCUAUGGCGACGAUGGGUUUCCAGUCAACUCGUCAAUCAUGAGCGACUUCAACGGCCAAUGUCGCAAGUCCGAUUUCGAUCAAUACGGUGAUAUGAAGGGAGUGGGCUACGUUCCUCCAUACCAAAGUCAACUUUCAAAAUUCGCCAGUGUCCAAGAUCGUCUUAGACUCUGGAAGUCUGAUGUUCUUGAGAAGGUCAAGCAUUUCAGCUGCAUGCAGAUCGCCAUGCUAGACAUCGACGGAUUUCGUGUUGACAAGGCACUACAAACUCCCGUCGAUGCGCUGGCCGAAUGGGCUACAUAUCAGCGUGACUGUGCCCGUCAAUAUGGUAAAGAGAACUUCCUUAUCACUGGCGAAGUCGUUGGUGAACUCAAGUUUUCCUCCGUGUUCUUCGGCAGAGGCAAAUCUCCUGAUACCUACUUUGAUACCCAGCUCGAUGGACAAAACGCUACUGGAGAUACCGAGGGCUACAUUCGUGAAUUUGGCAACAAUGCGCUUGAUUCUACGAACUUCCAUUAUCCAACAUACGGUGCCAUGACAAGGUUUCUCGGACUCGACGGCGACAUUGGCUUCGAAGGCGUCGACUUCGCCCAGCACUGGAACAGCUAUCUGUUGACCGAUGAUUUUGUGAAUGCCAACACUGGUCUUUUCGACCCUCGCCAUAUGUUCGGUAUGACGAACCAAGACGUCUUCAGAUGGCCAUCGCUCAUGAAUGGAACGCAAAGGCAGGUUCUUGGGUUCUUCAUAACCUUCUUGGAAAUGCCUGGUAUCCCCGAGUUGAUCUGGGGAGACGAAGUCGAGUAUAAAGUCCUCGAGAACCUUGCUGCCGAUUACAUCUUUGGCAGACAACCCAUGGCUUCAUCGACUGCCUGGCAAAUGCAUGCAUGCUACAAAGUGGGAGCUGCAGGCAACGGUUAUUAUGAUAUGCCCUUUGGCGAUGCGCUCACAGCUUGCGAAGACGAUACAGUCAGUCUUGAUCAGAGAAACGCAGCUCACCCUCUGCGAAACUUGAUCAAGCGCAUGUUUGAAUUACGUACGGUCUACCCCGUUCUGAACGAUGGAUUCAGUCUACAGACACUCUUCUUCGAAACCCACGACAUAUUUCUUCCUCAUAGCGGCCUUCUGCCGACACCUCUCGGAAUCUGGAGCGUUUAUCGCGGCCGCACACCUAACAUCCAGGACUUGUCUGGCGAAGGAAUGGGUAAUCAAGGUGUCUGGCUCAUCUACUCGAACCAGAAUGAGACAGUUCACUACUCAUACGACUGUAGCAACUCCUCUGGAUCCCUCAUUGCACCAUUCCCAGAAGGUACCACCGUCAAAAAUCUGUUCUAUCCUUACCAAGAGUACACUCUCAAUUUAUCUACCGCAAAACUUGGUAUUGAAGGGUCAAAUGAGAUCAACGGCUGUUUGCCCGGUAUUGAGCUUGAACCAUGGGGCUGGCGCGCAUUUGUCCCGAUCGACAUGUUCGUUGCAGCUGCUCCGGUCAUCACUGGCGCUAUCCCUCGUCACGACGCCAGGAUCGAGACUACAGUAGAUCUGGACGAUACGCUCACAGUCCCUGUCACAUUGUUGUUCAGCCGGGAGAUGAACUGCAGCUCAAUCUUGGACUCUAUCAGCUUCAAAUCUACAACACAGACUGGCAUCAUGCCAUACUUUGAACCUUCCAGUGUCUCAUGCAAGAACAUCACAACAAACGCUUCUCAGAACUUCGUUGGAGAGACACUUUCAACUUUCGAAUGGUCUGCAAUUCUUGCAAACGUUAGCCAUGGUGUGCACACUUAUACAGUAAGCAACGCGACCAGUGUUGAAGGAACCGCCUUCACGAACACCAAUGAUCGCUUCAUGCUCCGAGUGGGCCGUAGGGACAACCCGGUGGUCUUCACGAGUGCAAACUACACCACUGGCCUCGUUCAGCGCGACACUGCAACAGGUGCGUUGGAGUUGAUUCCUAAAGCCGCUGGUGCUUCGCUAUGGCGAUACUCUACGAAUUACGGAUCAAGUUGGUCAAAUUGGACCACCUAUACUGGCGAUGCGACUACAAUCGAAGAGCAAGCUUGGUCUGGUACCAACGCUCAAAAGUGGAAGGGCAUACAUGUUGUAAGCCAGUAUUGGUCAGAACUCUUAGGCUCUACGGAACACAUUCAACACUCUGAUCUUGAGUUUGAUGUUCCUGGAAGAUGGCCUCAUGUUCACGUCCAAGGACCCUGGAAUCAAUAUGGCUAUGAUGGUGGUCUCGACGACAAGAUGCAUCAAGAUUCAGAAGGCAUCUGGAACUUUGAUCUCUCUUCUGAGUGGAACACAUCUGUCAUCUUGAACGUAUGGGGAAUGAACCGUGACGGGUUCCCUGACAAGUCGAAAGCGUACGGAGAUGUCGAUGGCGACAACGUGCUCGACUGGGUCCCACCAGACAGUCUGUCCUUCAAUCAGAUCAACAUAUCUGCACCCGGUUGGCCAUACACUGCAGUGAGAAUCGCGGUGAACGAUGGGUCUAUGCGCUACACCAUCACACCAGUCGGAUCUGCACAGAGACAGCUUGCUUUGUAUAUCUUGCUGGCCCUCGUACCUCUUAUCACUGCCUGCUUGGCAGUCGCAAUUUAUCUUGGCUCUUUCUACCGCCUGAAGUACAACUCGAUCGGUCUCACGAAGCGAAGUUACCCUUUCCAUCAAUUCCAGAAAAAGAAGAGCUUCUCGGAUAUGCUGCCACUGUCCUUCAACAAGACCUCAGAAAAGCAGAGUAUAUCAGAUAUCGCCGAGGCCAGCCAGAAUGUUAUGGCUACCACCGAGGCUUGCAGAACAAUCUUGAUUGCCACCAUGGAGUAUGCCAUCAUGGAUGAGUGGGACAUCUCGAUCAAGAUUGGGGGUUUGGGUGUAAUGUCAUCGCUCAUGGCGAAACAUCUCACUCAUCACAAUCUCAUUUGGGUCGUGCCGUGCGUUGGAGAUGUUGUGUAUCCCAUCGACAAAGUCAUGAAUCCCAUUCAGAUCACGAUCAUGGGAAAGCAGUACCUCAUCGAUUGUCAGAUCCAUGUCGUAGGCAAGAUCACAUACGUCCUGCUCGAUGCGCCGCUGUUCCGGCAACAAACAAAGAAGGAGCCAUACCCAGCUCGUAUGGAUGAUAUGGACAGUGCCAUCUACUACUCAGCUUGGAACUCAUGCAUUGCUGAAGUGAUCAGGCGUCAUCCUGAGAUCGACAUCUACCACAUCAACGAUUAUCACGGCGCCGUUGCACCACUGCACCUUCUCCCUCGAGUCAUUCCUGUUUGCCUGUCACUUCAUAACGCAGAGUUUCAAGGCUUGUGGUCUAUCUCAACACCACAGAAGCUGCAGGAAAUGAGCGAUGUUUUCAACCUCGACAAAUCGCUGAUUCGCAAAUAUGUGCAGUUCGGCGACAACUUCAAUCUAUUGCACGCUGGAACCAGUUAUCUGCGAGUCCAUCAAAAGGGCUUCGGAGCCGUUGGAGUUUCAAAGAAGUACGGAGCUCGUUCGUUCGCCCGCUACCCUAUCUUCUGGGGGCUUCCCAAAGUUGGCAUUCUACCGAAUCCCGACCCAUCUGAUGUAGAGCACUUCAACAAAUGCCUGCCGGAUCCGAAUGUCACCAUUGACCAGGAGUAUGAAGCUUCUCGCGGUGCAAUGCGCAAACAAGCUCAGCAAUGGGCCAACCUCGACGUUGAUGAAACAGCCGAGCUGUUUGUGUUUGUUGGAAGGUGGAGCAUGCAAAAAGGCAUCGAUCUGAUUGCAGAUGUCUUCCCUAGAGUGCUUGAAGACAAUCCCAAAGCCCAACUGAUCUGCGUGGGACCUGUCAUCGAUUUGUAUGGCAAGUUUGCCGCCCUCAAACUCGACCACCUGAUGAAAAGGUACCCUGGUAGAGUUUACUCGAAGCCGAUGUUUGUCUAUGUACCACCAUUUGUUCACGCAGGUGCAGAGUGGGCACUUAUCCCUUCACGCGAUGAACCUUUCGGGUUGGUCUCAGUCGAAUUUGGCCGUAAAGGAGCACUCGGUAUCGGAGCCAGAGUUGGAGGCCUCGGUCAAAUGCCUGGAUGGUGGUUCUCAGUGGAGUCAUCAGGAACCAAACACAUGCUGAAUCAGUUCAAGAUGGUCAUCGAUGGCGCAUUGAAGUCAACCCAUGAGACAAGAGCUCUCAUGCGAGCCAGGUCCAAGAACCAAAGGUUCCCGGUCGCUCAGUGGGUUGAAGAUCUCGAGAUUCUCCAGGCGAAAGCCAUCAAAAUCAACACCAAGGUCCAAGAUGGCUCGACUUCGGUUUUGAACACUCCAAUCAGCACGCCACCUCGUUCACGAGUUCCAUCUCGUGUGACGUCGCCAGUGGCCUCCAGAUCACCUUCGCCUACACUUGAAGAAACACCACGACCCCAGCUCAGGCGUCGACUGUCCAGUCUGCUAUAUCCCGCCCAUCCAUCGGCAGAACAGUUCUUGCCUUUCCGUCGCCGACUGUCAUCUCUCUUCCCCGUAUCACGCCGUACGCCUUUCAAAGUCUCGAGCACCGGCAUCGAUGUCCCUGUGGAGGCUGACGAAUCUCGCGAUGAGAUCGGUAUUUUGCCACAAUCGCCUCCAAGAAGUCGGCAUGGUACAGCUGGAAGUCUAAGCGAAGCUGUCCCACGAAGUGUCUUCAAUCCUAGCUUCUGUUGCUCAGAGGAAACCAACUUGCCAGGUGAGAUCACCAGACCUACACUUGCCCAUUACAGACGUACCUCUACGCUUAGUGUCGGUGAGGUCGUAGGCGAGAAGACCGACUUCAAUCUGCAGAACGUUGAUCAAUCGUUCACUGAUUCUCAACUCGACUAUUAUCGUAUCUACGAGAAGAUGCUGGGUUCUCUGACUGCAAAGAGCUCUGAAGGCAAACUUUGUAUCGAGACCUUUUUGCAUCUGGCAGAGAAGAACUGGUACCAACGAUUUGGUGAGGCCAAGCUUGGUCGAGCUGUCAUCUCUCCACCGGAUGUAGGCAGCAAGAAGUUUGGAUUCAAAGGCGUGUCUGUCACAGUCAGUGAGGCAAGUUCCAUCAGCGAAGGCGAACGCACGGAUAGUGUGGGUGCUAGCUCUCAGAACAGUGCAGAACAAUUCUUCACCAACGCCCAUUAUAAGGCACCAACUGGUGUCUCGAGGCUGUUGAUGUCGAAGCUGCCUUAUAUCGCCUCUGAUUGGCCUUUGUACGCUUAUCUCCUUGCGUUUGGACAGAUCAUCGCUAUCAACAGUCACCAAAUCACCAUCAUCACUGGAGCCCAGGGUGAAAAUGCGAUUAAGCUAUAUAUCGUAGCCUCGAUAUACUUGGCAGGAUCGCUCUUCUGGUGGCUGAUGGUUCGUAAACUAGCAUCCCGAUUUGCACUUUCCUUGCCUUUCCUGUUCUACGGAUUGGCGUUCUUCCUGGUUGGCGUCGCACCAUACGGAGCCACUCCAAACAGCCGUGGUUGGAUUCAAGAUAUCUCGAGCGGCUUUUACUCGUUCGCAUCAGCAUCUGGAUCCUUGUACUUUGCCUUGAACUUUGCAAGUGAGGGUGGUGUUCCAAUCCAAACGAUGAUUUUCAGAGCCACUGUCGUUCAGGGCGUACAACAACUCUGGGUUGCUGCACUGUGGGCAUGGGGAACAACAAUGAGUUCUCACCACACUGCAAAGUUCACGGACACCAUCAUGAACUCGAAGGUUCUUCUGGCUAUCAUGGCACCAAUCGCUGUUAUCUUCAUGGCAAUCGGUCUUGUGCUUGUUUUCGGCUUACCAGAGUACUACCGCAACACGCCAGGAAAAUCGCCUUCGUUCUAUACCAGCAUGUGGAAGCGCAAAACAGUCAUGUGGUUCUUUGUCGCCAUCGUUAUUCAGAAUUACUGGCUGUCGGCGCCAACCGGACGGAACUGGCAAUAUCUUUUCAGCAGCACCCAAGCGCCGAUCUGGGUCAUCGUUCUGUUACUGCUCUUCUUCUUCAUAUUCAUCUGGAGCGUUGCCCUCUACACUCUUUCACGCUUUUCCGAGUAUCACUCUUGGUUCUUGCCCAUCUUUAGCGCUGGCCUCGGUGCUCCGCGUUGGUGUCAGAUGCUCUGGAGCACUUCUGGCAUGGGUCUCUAUUUACCAUGGGGCUCAGCCGUUAGCAGUGCAAUCGCGGGUAGAUCUCUGUGGUUAUGGCUUGGCGUGCUCGAUGCCCUAAAUGGCGUUGGCAUUAGCACUAUGCUUUUGCAAACUCUUACUCGCCAUCACGUCGCGGUUACCCUCACUGCUGCUCAAGUCUUGGGUUCAAUUGCUACUAUUGCAGCUCGUGCAUCAGCACCUGAUGCUACAGGACCCGGCUCUGUCUUCCCCAAUCUGGUGGUAAGCUCGAGUGGACUCGGUGCUUGGGAGUUUUGGGUUGCGCUUAUGUUCCAGAUGGCUUUGCCCUGUGGAUUUUUCAUGUUCUUCCGUAACGAACAAUUGUUCAAGCCUUAA